AUGGAGGAAGGUUUGCUAGUGAAGGAGAGAGGGAGAGAGGUGUUGGGAGUGGGAGUGAUAGUGGAGGAAGUGAAGAAGGUUGGAUUGCUAGCAGGGCCAAUGGUGGCGGUCGCAGUUUCACAGUAUCUGCUUAAUAUGAUUCCAGUCAUGAUGGUAGGUCAUCUUGGUGAACUCGCCCUCGCCAGCACCGCCAUCGCCACUUCCAUCACCACCGUUACUGGCUUCAGUGUCAUCCUAGGAAUGGCUAGUGCAUUGGAAACAGUGUGUGGACAAGCUUAUGGAGCACAACAAUAUAGAAAGCUUGGGAUUUACACUUAUAGUGGCAUUGUCUCUCUCCUCUUGGUUUGUAUCCCUCUCUCACUCAUUUGGAUCAAUUUGGGAAAGCUGCUCCCUUUCAUAGGCCAAGACCCUAUAACCUCAUCAGAAGCUGGAAAAUACGCAAUGUGGCUCAUUCCUGCAUUGUUAGCUUGUGCAACCCUUCAUCCACUCCUCAGAUACUUCCAAUCUCAAAGCAUGAUCCUUCCCAUGGUCCUUAGCUCAUGGGUAACUGUGCUUUUCCAUAUUCCUCUCUGUUGGGUCUUAGUAUUUAAGUCAGGUUUAAGGAACCUUGGAGCUGCAUUAGCGAUCGGCAUAUCAUAUUGGUUGAACACAAUCUUCCUUGCAUUGUACAUGACGUACUCUUCAUCUUGCGAGAAAACUAGUGUGCCCAUCUCAAUGGAGGUGCUCCAAGGUGUUGGCGAGUUCUUCCGGCUCGCUAUACCAUCUGCUGUGAUGGUUUGUCUUGAAUGGUGGUCUUCUGAGAUGCUUAUCUUACUUUCUGGACUUUUACCAAAUCCAAAGCUUGAAACUUCAGUGCUUUCUAUCUGCCUCACCACCAUUACAAUGCUCUAUAAUAUUAUAUAUGGAAUCGGUGCAGCCGCCAGCACUCGAGUUUCUAAUGAAUUAGGGGCUGGGAAUCCACACGCAGCUCGUGUGGCUGUCUGUUCCGUGAUGCUUCUUGCAGUCACAGAGACAGUUAUAGUAAGCACAAUCCUCUUUUCGUGCCGGUAUAUUCUUGGCUAUGCUUACAGCAAUGAGAAGGAAGUAGUAGAGUAUGUUGCAGAUAUGGCUCCUCUAAUUAGUCUUUCAGUUAUCAUGGACAGCAUUCAAGGGGUCCUUUCAGGUGUUGCUAGAGGAUGUGGGUGGCAGCAUUUAGGGGCCUAUGUGAACCUUGGGGCUUUCUAUCUUGCUGGGAUUCCUACAGCUGUUAUAUUGGCUUUCCAUGUCCAUUUAAGAGGAAAGGGCUUGUGGAUUGGAAUACUGAUUGGUUCUACUUUACAAACAGUUAUGCUAUCUCUCAUAACAAGCUGCACAAAUUGGCAAAAGCAGGCACUCAAGGCAAGGGAGAGGAUUUUUGCGGAAUGAUUUUCACUAGAGAAUGAAUUACUGAUAAGCUACUUCCAACAGUCAUUCUUCUUGGUUUAUGAGAUAAAAGAAAAGAGAAGACAAAGCCAACAGCAGGGCAAUUACCAUUC